CACGGUUCCCAUUUUCUCGUGACGGUAGAAUGUUCUGUGAUUAAUUCGAUUAGAAACGUUAACCCGAACUUGAUAAACCUGCGAACAAGCGAAUAUCUUUGCCACGCCGUGUUGCUUUCCCAGAGCCCCAAAAUGAUACUUCAGCUUCAAACUUCCCAGUUUCUUCUUGCCGUGUUGAGCGUUAAUUGGCAUUGAUUUAAUUAUAUUCUCCCGGAAUCUCGGGGAUCCGGAUAGUAGAUAGUGAUGAAGUUGGCUACCGGAACCGAAACCCGGAUGUCAGCACGAGUGUUGAUCUUCCGUCCCUUUUGACCGAUGCCGAUGGUUUCGCUACGCCACAUACCCACCGGCUUAUCAAUCAAAUCGAACUAGAAGAUUAGGAUGAAAGUUUUGUAGUUUUUGGUUUAAGCGAGUAAAAGCCGGUGCACAGGUAACAGGUUGACCUUCUUGCAGGUGAUACCGGUGAGUAUGGUGACAGGUAGGCCAACCAGAAGCUGUCGUUGUUGAAGGGGCGACGAUAGUUCCGUCUUGACGUAUGGAAGGGGGAAUGAUGAUGAUGGAUCACCUGCCGGGUAUGUGGCCAAAAUAUACCAAAGGAAAUGAAAUGAACGAAACUACUGCUUAAAGGUUCGUACAUGAGAACAACUGUUCAACACCGACAUUAUGUGUGAUGUGUGGCUGCAUGUGUACGAACAGAACAUGUACAAGGUGUGAAUGUAGAUUUCAAAACUAACAAAUUUUAAUGUCUUAGUUUUGUUACCCUAUUUAACAAAUAACAAACUAAUUAACUGCUUGUUUAUACUCUAAAAAAGUGAAAGUACAACAAACCAAGAAACCAUAGUGAAACAAAUAAAAAGAUCGCGUCACUAACAGAUGCACAGUAGAUCUUGCGUCCUGAAUGAAUAAACCAAGGAUGGCGGAAUAACCAGAGAAUCAUUACAAAACUCUCAGGAUAGGUACAUCUGGUUUACAGGAUCAGGUCAAACGAUCUUCAUGGUCAUAGCAAUACUCAUGUAUUGGGUGGGGAUAUUGGAGGGCAGUGCUUCAGCUAAUUAGACCCAGGAGAACUGAUCAGAUUUUGAAAAUAGCAUUUCCUAUACCAAAAGGGCAUUAGAGAAUGGACUAUGUAUUUGUAGUGAAAUGCAGAAGGUUGUUGCGGGAAUUCUUGAUAGGUCGAUUUCUUCUUGAGUGUGUGGAUCACUUAUCACGUAGAAUUAUUGUAUUUUAAAAAUACCUCAAAGGUAGUUCUGCCCUUCUCAAACAUUCUUGUAAAUAAUCAUCUUCAUACGAUGAUCGAAUGAGUAAAAAUUUACACCGAUAUAGAUGUAACUCAAAAUUGACGCUGAAUGUGUGAACUAAUGCUAAUUGAAGAAGUGGUUCAACUACAAGUUAUCUCGCUUAUACUCGUACAUUUAACUCUUGAAUUUUUAUAAAACAUUGGAUGCAACAUUGAAAAUGAUAGCAAACAAGCCAGCACGAAACGCUUGUUCUGUUAGCUUGAAGGCAAGUAGGAAAUGUAAAAUACACACAGUUAUCUAAACAGCUAAUUAAGAGCAAACUAUUCUACUAAUGAUCAAUCAUCAGUUUCCCACACAAAUGUGUCUACAUUCCUAUGUUUCCUUCAUAUUGGUGUGACAAUAUAAUUGAUAACAGAAGAAUGUUGAGGCUGUAAAGUGUCGGUGGUUUCACGUAUAUUUAUUUUUGAACAAUAACUACCUUUCUCAUACCUAACCUUGUGAGAUUGGAGCUCCAAUAUUUUUUUAAAUUAUUAUCUUCCUUGGUGUUGCCAUUGAAGGAUGCAUUUUGUGAGCUAAUGAUGAGGGGACAUUUUUUCAGUAAAUCAUUUACCUAUCCAUAGAACCUUGCUCACAACAGUUCAGAAUGCAAACCCGCAUACGCUUGGAGUCCAUAUAAAUAUUUUACACGACCGCUGCAUCUAUUCUAGUUCUAGCCGUGCACGAUGGCGCUGUUGACACCAAGCAUCGGAAUUCUUUUGAUUGUAGGAUACAUUUCUAGAAGUGCCUGUGAUGUUAUUUUCCACGAAGAAGAUACUAUUCUCACAACGGUGAAUUUUAGACAUCUUUACCUUUUUUUUUCUUCGUUGAAUAUGCUAAUGCUAAUAUAUUACACGUAUUUUCUAAAUCAGCCUGAAAUCACACAAAAGUACGGUUAUGCUACGGAAGUACACAACAUCGUAACCGAGGAUGGGUACAUUGUCGAGCUUCAUCGUAUUCGAGCUUCGCCAUCGUCCGGACCGGCCAAUCCCAACAAACUCCCAGUACUGCUUAUGCACGGUUUGAUGGGUUCUUCAGCUGACUGGAUCCUAAUCGGUCCGGAAGAAGCACUUCCUUAUUUGCUUUCCGACCGCGGCCAUGACGUAUGGAUGGGAAAUACACGAGGUAAUCGGUACAGUCGCAAUCACACCCAUCUACCACUGGAGGAACGCGAGUUUUGGGACUUUUCUUUCCAUGAAAUUGGUUUGUAUGAUCUACCUGCCAUGGUGGACUACGUAUUAGAACAGACGGGACAAACACAGCUCCACUACGUAGGACACUCGCAGGGCACAACCAUAUUUUUCGUGCUGAAUUCACUUCGCCCGGAGUAUAACCGGAAGUUUCGACUAAUGCAAGCUCUCGCUCCGGCCGUCUUUCUUACCCAUCUGCAGAACCCUUUUCUUCGAUUUUUGGCCCAGCAUGAAACAGUCGCUAUGCAAUUUGUCAAUUCGUUUGGAAUAUACGAGAUAAAACCUUUUCCAGAGGAAAUGAACCGAUUAGCCAGAGCGCUCUGUCCGGAUUUUUACAGUAGAUCCCUUUGCCUGGAUGCAAUCCACACGAUGACGGGCAACAAGUAUCCUCACAUGUCACACCUCGGAUUUCCGAUGCUUAUGCACCACUUGGCAGCCGGUUGUUCCCUCAAGCAGGUAGCUCACUUCGGGCAGGAGGUUAUCUCAGGCCACUUCCGGCCGUAUGACUUUGGGGCGGAGGAAAACCGCCGACGGUACACCGGUAAUGAUAUGCCGCCCGACUAUGACCUCACCAAGGUCACCGUGCCGGUAGUGGUGUUUUAUGGCCUUGCCGAUCAACUAACGCACCCGAACGAUGUACGUCAGCUGGCAGGGCGACUACCGAAUCUUGUAGCCAUGAACCAACUGCCGAACGCAACCUUCAACCAUCUGGACUUCCUGCUUGCGGGCGAUGUCAAGGACGCACUGUACGAUAGCAUUAUCGGUAAUGUGGAACAAGCGUGAAGUUCAGUAGCGCCGCCGGGAGUCAGCGCCGAAGGCCCGCAGCUUUUUCGCCAUAAUCAAACUGCAUGCAAAACAUGACAUCGCAAAUGUGCGUCAAACAAGUGGCUGGUAAAUGACCUGGGAAGUCAUUUAGUGUUUUUUUACGAGUGUAUCAGAAUGGUUAAUUUAAGCGUAUAACUAAAAAAGUGAGUAAAACUAGACAUUAAUGAUAUGAUAGUAUCCAAGCCUUGAAAAUGUAUACCAACAAAUAAAUACACGUGUUUCGUAAAUUUA